AUGCCAGCCAUUCUGCUUGUCCUUGCAACCGUUGUUGCCAUCUACUUUAUGAUAGGGUACAGUGCAAGACACGGCAUAAGCAUAAGAGGCAGGAAGAUCCUUAUAAUUGGAGGCAGCAGCGGGUUGGGUCUCGCCUUUGCAAGGAUACUGAAGGAGGCGGGAAAUGAUGUCACAGUAACAUCAAGAAGCAUGAAGAAGCUGGAGGCACUGCAAAGAAGAUGGGGACUCAAAACCCAGGUGCUUGAUGUAAACGCCGCAGAUGUCCCGGAGCCGACAGACUUUGACUACAUAUUCUGCUGUGCAGGCGUCUCCUAUCCCUCAUACUUCAUCGACCAGCCACUCGAAGUGUUUGAGGAGACAGCAAAUACAAACUACCUUGGAACUGUCGCCAUGCUAAAGCACUAUGCAGCAGUUAACAAAAAGCCUGUGAAGUUCAUCAUGAUAGGAUCGACGCUGGCGCUGCUUACAUUUCCGGGGUUCUCCUCGUACUCCCCGUCGAAAACGGCUCUUCUCUCGCUGUUCUAUACAGUUCGCGACGAAAUGGGGAAGAUAGGUGUGGAGCUGUAUCUUUAUAACACUGCGUCCAUCCUGACACCCGGAUUCGAGAGGGAGAAUAGGGCAAAGCCUGCAUACACAAGGGCAGUCGAGGGAAUGGUAUCCCCGUCUUCUGCCGAGAAGAGAGCCACUGCAUUUCUUAAUGGGAUGAAAAAGAGGAGGGUGGUGACCUCGGACGUCUUCACAUACCUAUGCCAGAUAAGGUUCGAGUGCGAAUGCUUUAUUGAUUAUAUUCUCUUUCCUAUAGCCGUUGCCGUUGUAUUCGCUUCACGGACCUAUGUCAGGUGGAAGUUCAGAACCUCCGAGAGGAUGGGCCGUAUGGAAGGGAGCAAGUGCCCACCAUAG